GUCAUUGACUCUCUGGAAAUGAUGAGUAGCUGCUGAUCUCAGACAGCCGUUGCUCGUGGAUUCAGCACAACUCGCCCGUGGACAGCUCCCGCAGGACCGCUUUUACAUGGACAGAACGCUUAUUUAUGUGCCAAGUCAUACUGGAAGUUUACAACUUGGAGAGGAAUCUACGGAUACCUCACUGCAUGAAACACGGGUAUAUUGCUUUUGGGAAAGAAGCCAAAUUCACUGUUAAUUGAAACUGUGUCGGGUUCGAUCGGGUGUUUGUGUGGUGGAUCUCUAGCCUACUGCUGUCUGAAAUCAGAGACAUGGCGACAAAUAACACCAAAAGCACCGAUGGACAAGUUGUGACGGAACUCAACGAGAUCACAACUAAUGACAAACCCAAAGCAGAGGACGACAAACCAGAGAAAAAGAAUAAAGACAUUCCAGACAGAGAAACUUGGGGUGGGAAAUUUGAUUUUCUCCUGUCAUGUGUGGGCUACGCCAUCGGAUUGGGCAACGUGUGGAGAUUUCCUUAUCUGUGCGGGAAAAACGGCGGAGGGGCUUUCUUGAUUCCUUAUUUUUUGACGCUUAUUUUUGCGGGAGUUCCUCUAUUUUUUCUUGAAUGCGCUCUUGGACAAUACACAUCCAUUGGCGGCCUUGGGGUUUGGAAGCUAGCUCCAAUGUUUAAAGGUGUUGGUCUUGCGGCUGCUGUUCUCUCAUUCUGGCUGAACAUUUACUACAUUGUCAUCAUUGCCUGGGCCCUGUACUAUUUGUACAACUCCUUUACCACUGAGCUUCCAUGGAAAACUUGUAACAAUCCAUGGAACACAUACAGAUGUUAUACAAACUACAGCAUAGUAGACACCACCAAUCUCACCAGCGCUGUCAUGGAGUUUUGGGAACGCAAUGUGCAUCAAAUGACUGAUGGCUUAGAAAAACCUGGUGAAAUCCGUGUCCCACUUGCAAUAACACUGGCCAUUGCCUGGGUCCUCGUGUACUUCUGUAUCUGGAAAGGUGUUAGCUGGACUGGAAAGGUUGUUUACUUCUCUGCCACCUACCCAUACUUCAUGUUGUUCAUUUUGUUUAUCCGUGGAGUGUCCCUGCCUGGGGCUAAAGAGGGAAUCAUGUUUUAUAUCACUCCUGAUUUUGAGAAGCUGAAGGAGUCUGAGGUUUGGCUGGAUGCUGCUACACAGAUUUUCUUCUCGUAUGGUUUGGGUCUAGGCUCUCUUAUUGCUCUGGGUAGCUACAACCCUUUCAAUAACAAUGUGUACAGGGAUUCUAUCAUUGUGUGCUGUAUAAAUUCCUUCACUAGUAUGUUUGCUGGAUUUGUGAUUUUCUCUAUUGUGGGCUUCAUGGCACAUGUGACAAAGAGACCAAUAGCUGAUGUAGCUGCAUCAGGUCCUGGUUUGGCAUUUUUAGCUUAUCCAGAAGCUGUGACGCAGUUGCCUAUAUCACCACUGUGGGCUAUUCUUUUCUUCUCCAUGCUGUUGAUGCUGGGAAUCGACAGUCAGUUCUGCACAGUAGAGGGCUUCAUCACUGCUCUGGUGGAUGAAUUCCCACGGCUACUCAGGAAAAGAAGAGAGAUUUUCAUUGCAUGUGUUUGCAUUGUAUCCUAUGCCAUUGGGCUGUCCAAUAUCACACAGGGUGGCCUCUAUGUGUUUAAACUCUUUGACUAUUACUCAGCCAGUGGAAUGUGUCUGCUCUUCUUGGUGUUCUUUGAGUGCAUCUCAAUCUCCUGGUGCUAUGGUGUGAACAAAUUUUAUGAUAACAUCCAGGAAAUGAUUGGAUACAAGCCUUGUCUAUGGUGGAAACUCUGCUGGGUUUUCUUCACCCCUCUAGUUGUCGGUGGCGUGUUCCUCUUCAGCGCGGUGCAAAUGGUUCCUCUUACAAUGAACAACUAUGUAUUCCCUAAAUGGGGGCAAGGAGUGGGCUGGCUCAUGGCUCUGUCCUCUAUGGUUCUCAUACCUGGUUAUAUGGGCUACAUGUUCCUCACCCUGAAGGGGACAUAUAAGGAGCGGAUCAGGAUAAUGCUGCAGCCUCCAGCAGUCAAGCGUGCUCAGGAGAACGGGCCAGAGCAACAGCAGCUGCAGAUACAGCAACAGCAGGCGGAGCAAUCACCGCAGCAAUCACAGCAACAAGCGCAACAGCCGGAACAAUCACAGCAGCAUCCACAAUCACCACAACAACUGCAGAAACCAGACCAAGCACCACUGCAACCACAACAACCACCGCAGCCGCAGGUGCAGGCAGAUAGCUCUUCUUCAACUAACCCUGGCAAUGAUGCCAAUGUCUAAAACCAGUAGAAUUGGACCCCAGCAGAGGGCAAUCAAUGAUUAACAACACAGAAGACUUCCAUGUUUAUACAGUAAUAGAAUCAUCUACCUCCAGGGGUCAUACAUAAUCAAGCUAAACACGAAAAAAGCUAAGUAAAAAAAAACAAAACAUAUAUAUAUAUAUAUAUA